AUGCUUCGUGGAAGCUGUUGCGCCUUCUAUCGAUGACGUACCCACAAUCUACCACGGGGAAGUGUUCACGGAUCGAAAAAGUCAUUUCCAAGCUCAUCUCGCUAGAGUUAGCAGUAAAGAAGAAGUAAAACUAGUGCUCGAUCGUUUGUAUGAAAAUUCGAAAAUUAGCCGUGCAACUCACAAUAUAUAUGCUUAUAGAAUUACUGAGGAGCGAAAUGGACGUGAAAUACGGCUGCACGAUUGUUUUGACGACGGAGAGACUGGUGCUAGUUCUAAAAUGCUUGAACUUUUGGACAAAAUGGGAGCCACCAAUGUUCUGGUACGUGGUUGUGUCACGUUGGUAUGGAGGUAUCCAUCUUGGGCCAGACCGUUUUCGUCAUAUUAA